AUGGCUUUCAUCUCGCUUGUGGCCGCUGCGCAGGGAAUUGAACCCGAUCGCUACCGCGUGUGGGCCAGGAGUCAGAUCAACUACAUGCUUGGAGACGGCGGGCGAAGCUACGUCAUCGGGUUUGGCCACAACCCGCCCACUAGACCUCACCACGCCUCCAGCUCUCCGUUAUGUGGAGCUUCAGAUGACGUUGUGAAGAGAAUGACGUCAUGGACACAUGUGUUUACGUCACCGAAAAUUUGCCCUCGCGAGCACGUGACUCCGGUAACAAGGACAGCCUCGUAGGCACCUGCACCUAACUAGGAUGGACGUUUCAUAAUUGCUAUGUUAGUUUUGUUAUGUGUAGACUUUUCGUCCGAUGCAAUGUUAGUUUGCCAAAUAAACAGCAACA